AUGGCACCAGCACAGUCCUCAGGUCGCCGGCGAAGCAAUAUCAGGUCGCGGGUGGAUGACGAUGACGACGAUGACAAUAGCAGAGGCCCAGCUUCUACAUCUCGACACCGUCCCGCCGCGGAUGACAGCGGGGACGAUGCCGAUGUGCCCAUGGACGGCUCCUUUGCCGACGACACUGCAGACGACCAGCUCGUAAAGAAGCUCGUGCGUUAUGCUCUUGCAUGCGAGUAUGCUCGCUUGCCAAUCAGGCGUGACGGGAUCCGCGAAAAGGUCCUUGGUAACAACAGUCGAGCCUUCAAGCGGAUCUUUGAUGGAGCCCAGGCCCAGCUACGGCAUGUGUUUGGCAUGGAAAUGACAGAGCUGCCAGCCAAAGAAAAGCGAACACUCAAAGAGCGGCAAAAAGCGACAGCGAGAAAAGCUGCCACACAGGGCGGCACAUCGGCGUCAACUUCAACUGGAACCUACAUCCUCGUCUCGACCCUGCCAGCUCCAUAUCGUGCCCAAACCAUCGUGGACCCAGCCAGGGCGCCUAGCGCCCACGAUGAAGCCACAUACGUUGCCUUCUACACACUCAUCAUCUCCGUUAUCACACUGAGCGGCGGCGAACUUAGCGACAGCAAGCUCAAGCGAUAUCUCACUCGGCUGAAUGCGGGCCAAAAUCUACCUAUCGACUCGACGGAAAAUGUGCUCCAGAGGAUGGUCAAACACGGCUAUUUGGACAAGACUGUAGAGCGGGCGACCGAUGGCGAUGACAUGAUCAGUUGGGCAGUCGGUCCGCGUGGAAGAGUCGAGGUGCCGCCACAGAGCAUCGCCACAUUCGUGAGGCAGGUAUACGGCCAGGUACCCGAUGACUUUGACAAGAAGCUGCACAAGAGUCUCGGUCUGCAGAAUGCUGCUGCCGUUGAGCAAGCAGACAGCAGCAGUAGGCGAGAUUGA